UCGGCGUCGUCGUCUUCCUCGCGGGAGUGGGCAUGGCUUGAUCGCCUCAAGGCCAAAACCUCCCACACUCGAACGGAAACCCUUUCGACACACGCCACGAAGAUGGCGCCGAUCAACAGCAACAACAUCCCCAUCACCGAGCUCUUCUGGUCUCUGCUCGACAAGGCCGACCGCAAGUUCUCUAGGGUUCGCGAUCUCCCCAUCUACGGCCGGAAUCGGAACGAUGCGGAUCUCCACAAGGCGUUCAAGAUCUAUACCCAGCUCUGGAAACUGCAGCAGGAGCACCGCCAGAAGCUGGUGGAGGCGGGGCUCCGGCGGUGGGAGAUCGGUGAGAUCGCCGCUAGGAUCGCCCAGCUCUACUACGGACAGUACCAGCGGACGAGCGACUCGUCCUACCUCGCCGAGGCCUACAUCUUCUACGAGGCCAUCCUCAGCCGUGAGUACUUCCGGGACAGCAGCGGAAGCCCGGCGCAGCAGGACAUGGCUCUCGCCAACAAGCAGCUGAGGUUCCUCGCACGGUUCCUCAUCGUCUGCCUCGUGCUCGGGCGGCGGGAGAUGAUCGCCAAACUGGUCGUGUUGCUCAAGUCAAUGGUGGAUGAGUGCAAGAAGAGCUUUCAGGAAACAGAAUUCAAAGAGUGGAAGCAUGUGGUUCAGGAAAUAGUCAGGUUUCUAAAAGUUGAUACACCAUUCAUGAACAUGAGGCCUUUAAGAUAUAGCUUUCUCUUUGAUGUGCAUCCAGAGUCACUUCCUAUAGUGGCUUCUAGCUACACCAAGAGGAAUCUGGUUUUACGCGACGUGAUCCUGAGCAGCUAUCAUAACAAUGAGGUCAAGUUUACAGAGCUGACUCUGGAUACUUUCAGGAUGCUUCAGUGCCUGGAGUGGGAACCAUCUGGUUCAUUCUCAAUGAGGAGUGGUGCUGACAAUAGUCAUUUUGGAACCGGGACUAAUCGUGUCAAUCUAUUGCAGGAUAUUAGAGAUCAUACAUUGCCGCCUAAUCCAAGAAAGCUGAUUUUGUAUCGGCCUUCUGUUACACAUUUUCUUAUGGUCCUUUCGACAAUUUGUGAAGAGCUCCCUCCUGAUGGGAUCAUGUUAAUAUACCUCUCAACUGCAGGAGGACCUGCACUAAGUAAUCCUGUAUCAUUAACUUCUGAAAUUUCAUUGGAUGCUGCUGAGAAGAUUGGAGAGAACUUUAAUAAUCUUGAGUUGUCCUCCCUGGUGAGACCCCCACAUGGCAGACCUACCCAUACAUCCAUUCGGAACAAGGAGAGCCACAUUGUUGGUUCUGACCAACAGGGUUGUUUGUGGUUUGGUUCUCGUGGAAAUGGAGGUUCAAACUUCAUUUACCCUUGCGAUUUGAUUCCAUUUACAAGAAAACCAAUUUUUCUGGUGAUUGACAGCGACAAAAGCCAAGCAUUCAAGGUUAUACAUGGAGCUGAGAAAGGAGAAACAACAGCUAUACUUCUUUCUCCAAGUUCUAGACCUCCGCCGUUGACAUCUUCUAGUGAGUAUGCUCGUUUUCAAAAUGGGAGCCAAUUCACUAUGUUCCUCACAGCACCAGUGCAAGCUUUCUGCUUCUUGAUUGGUAUUUCUGGCAUGAAUUUUGAUAGGGAUAAAUAUGACAAGGCUGAGAAAUUACUGUCAUUUUCAUUGAAUGAAUGGGAAAGAACAUUAAUAACAUCAAAUGGGCUACAUCCAGUUUGGAUUGAAGUCUUGGGUGACCCAUUUUUGAGGCGGCUUCUACUCAGAUUCAUUUUUUGCGAGGCUGUUCUUGCACUUUAUGCGCCAACAAGGCAUCAGGAGGAAUUCCUCCCUGAAUGCCUACCUCAUUUACCAGACUCGGUCAAUCCAGAGAGUGCUAUUUCUCAAUCUGCUGUAAUGCAGCUUGCCGAUUUCCUUGGUGUCACCAACCAGUUUGUGUUUGCGGAAGGGAUUGUGCCGUCCGAGACUGGCACCGAUGAUGCUGAUAGGAUCGUAUCUUCAAAUGCCCAAGAAUGCCAUCUGUCAGAUGCUAAUGGGAGCUGAUGAGACAAAACAUGCAAAAGACAUCCAAUCUUUUGGUUAGUAAUUUGCAUCAGCUGAAAGUGGGACUUGAACGAAUGUUCAAUCAUAUCAUUUCAUAUGUGUGAAUCAAGUCUCAUUUCGUAGCAGCUAACGGAUGUUGGGAACACAAAAUUGCAAGGGCUUGGAUCUUCGAGGCCCUUCUCUUUCAAAAACUUAUGUAAAACUUGUUGUUACUUUAGAAAUGGAUAUGAUGAGUUGUGCAGAUUGGUAAGAAGCCUUGAUGUACCGAUGUGUAUUUGUCUCACCGAUUUGUCUUGAGCGGUAUACAACACUCAGCUUGUAAUGCUCUGUUUUCA